UAAAACAAAUUCUUCACAAUGUCUUCUCAUAUGAGUACCAAAGAAAAAAUAUUGCACAUAGUGGACGAUAUUGAAUUAAUAUCAAAAGAAUUGAUAGAAAACCUGAUUGCACCAAAACAACAGAAGUUGUCCAGCGCUGAUCACCAGCUUUUGACGGAGCUUCUGGUUUCAAAAGACAAGGAUUUAAAAAAUGCUAUGAAACUUGCAUCCGAACAAGCUGCUAUUGAAGUUAAAAUUAAUGCAGUUAAAUCGGAAGUUGAAAGACAAGACCAACAUAUAUUGCAAUUCCAAAGACAACUGAAGGAAGCCGAACAAAUUUUGUCAACAGCAUUAUAUCAAGCAAGACAAAAACUGCAAAGUAUUAACAAAGCUAACAAGAAACCAGUUUCUACUGAAGAACUUAUAAAAUACGCUCACAGGAUAAGUUCUUCCAAUGCAGUUUGCGCUCCCCUAACCUGGCACCAAGGCGACAUGAGAAGACCGUACCCAACCGAUUUAGAAAUGAGAUCAGGAUUCCUUAGCAGACCCGAUCUUCCAUUAAAUGGUCACGGUAUCCCUCACCAGAAUAUUGUCAAUGAUGUCCACCGAGGAGGCCAUGCAGCCGACAUUCCUGCAUCAUCACAAAGUCAAUUUGCAUGGCAUCCAUCUGGGGAAUUGCAUAUGACGAUGGGUUCCAGCGGGGGCAUGGUCACGCUUGAUACUAGAGCUUCUCAUAAGGAGACUACGCAAGAUGAUAUUGAAGUUAUGUCCACGGAUUCGAGUAGUAGUAGUUCGAGUGAUUCACAAUGAAGAUUUAGAAUUAGGAUGUAUUUAAGGAUAUUUUGUUUAAGGAGAUAUUUUCAUACGAGGUUAGUAGGGAAGGAGUAUUAGAAAUAAACAAAAAUAUAUGUGGCAGAAAUGGAACUUUCUAAUGUGGAAAUGAAAGUGAAAAGCUGUGGAAAUUGAUUUUUAGUGAACUUGUUAAGACAAAAAAUCAUGCUUUAGAUUAAUUGCAUGGAAAAAUACUCGAGUCACAGCAUUUUCAGACAAUUUCAAACAUUUUCAGAUAAUUUACAAAAUUCUCAAGCAAUUUACAACAUUUUCAAGCAACUUACAACAUUUUCAGACAACUUUAAUAAUUAUUUUAUUUAU